AUGAACAGAGGCGGCGAUAGAGGACGUGGCUACGACAGAGGCCGGGGGCGGGGGGGCAGAGGCAGUCCUGGAGGUCGGGGCAGCCCCGUGCCCGGCGGCGACGGCUUUCGAGGGCGCGGGGGCUCACCUGGCGAUAGGGGCGGGCGCGGGCGCUACCAGGACCGCGGAGGCGGCGGGUUUCGAGGUGGCGACCGUGGAGGCUACCAGGAUCGCGGCGGGUUUCGAGGCGGCGACCGAGGCGGAUUCAGAGGUCGGGGCGGUGGUCCCCCCAGAGAGCCCGGAGGUGUCUUCUUGCCCAAUGUGCCCGCGAAUAUCGAUGCUCGCCUCGCAGAUAAUACUCAAGACGCCCUCGUGGCGUCUUUCGGCUCCUUGACACUCAGAGACACCGAUCUCCCUACGCGCCCCGAUUUUGGCACACAGGGCAGGGCUAUCAAGUUGCGGACAAACUUCUUCCCCGUGCGUGUCCCCAAGGGCCCCCUUUAUGAGUAUGAUGUCGCCAUCAACCCAGAGGCCACAAAUAAGCGUGUCAAGCGCCGCAUAUUCCAGCUCGCAGAAGCCACAAGCGAUUGGGAACGGGCGGGUAUGCGAGGUCGCGUUGCACACGACCACAGCAGCAAACUCAUCGCCGCACUCAAACUCCCUCAGCCGUUGGAGAUCAAAGUAACGUUCUUUGAUGAAGAUGAGGAUCGUGACAAGAAGAGGGACAAAGAGUAUACUCUCAGUAUCAAGUUUAUUCAGGACAUCGAGACCCAAUCUCUCACCCAAAGGCGCCGACGCUUUGAGGGUCUAACGUACUCGAAGCGGAGAUUCCAGUAUCUGAAUGGUGCACCCCAAUUCCGGGGCUACGACAUCAUGCCCGUGAUCUCUGCGCUCAAUCUCAUCCUUGCGGCCCAUCCGAGCCGUGCAGCGGGUGGCGGCGUCAUGGUAGGACGGAAUAAAUUUUUCCAUCCCUCCCCCGAAUUUCCUCCCUCGCCCCUGGGCGGCGGUCUUGAGGCCUGGCGAGGUUUCUAUUCGUCCGUGCGUCCUGCAUAUAAGCAGCUCAUGGUUAACGUGAACGUGUGCACGACGGCAUUUUACACGCCUGGAAAUUUAGCUCAACGAAUGAUGGAAUUCGCCAACGCAAGCUUCGGAGCUCGGUACAAUGCAUUCGCCAAGAACGUUAGGAUCAAGACAAUCCACUUGGGGUACACCAAGACCAUUAAAACUGUCGCAAAAGUAACUGCUAGACAGCAUAGGUUUAGGACGGAAGACUAUGGCGAGGUUACCGUUGAGCAAUAUUUCCAACGCAAAUAUAGCAUUCGUCUGCAGCAUGCAGAUCUUCCUCUGGUCGACGUGGGUGGUAAAAGGACCAAUUAUUUACCCCCGGAGGUCUGCGAAAUACUCCCCAAGCAACCCUACCGUGGGCGCUUGACUGAUGAGCACACUGCAAACAUGAUCACGAUUGCUCUUCAACCCCCUAACGUCAAUGCGAGAGCAAUUACGCAGCGUGGGCUCGAUGAACUUGGGUUCAGGGAUGAACCGGAUCCACUUCGUGCAUUCGGCGUCAGUAUAGGAAACGAAAUGGCCGUGGUGCCAGGCCGGAUCCUCAACCCGCCUGCACUACGAUACGCGUCAGGAUCCCCUAGGGUAGACGACCGCGCCAGCUGGAAUUUGCGGGACGUCAGAUUUGCGGUAGGGGGUAAGCUCGACAAAUGGGCUGUGCUUCUCAUCCAAGACGGACACCCUCGGGACGAGUUCGGAGGAACGAAUGAUCCGGAGCUCAGAAAUGUUGUGAACGGCUUUGCAAGCAUGUGCAGAAAGUCCGGGAUGCAGGUUGGGCGAGACGAACCUGCGUAUACCUCGGUCGACCUUCCUCGGCAAGACCCUCAGGACCCUAUUCGGAAGAAAGCUAUCGCUGCGAUCCGCGCAGCACUCAUAAGUCUCAAACCGAAGCCGAGCAUGGUUCUCGUGAUGCUCUCUAGUGGAGACAGGAAUAUCUAUUCUGGGCUCAAGCACUUAUGCGACGUGUAUUUGGAUGUCGCCACCGUUUGUGUACAUGCCGCUAAAAUCCGCAAGGAGAAGGGACAGCUCCAGUAUUUUGCGAAUGUGGCGCUGAAGGUCAACAUGAAGAUGGGCGGAGUGAACCAUUCGCUAGACCAGAGGAACAUGACAUGGCUCAAUCAGGCACCGACCAUGCUCGUGGGCAUGGAUGUCACCCAUCCGGGCUUCGGGACUGUCUCAGGUACUCCAUCCAUUGCGGCGGUAGUUGCAAGUGUCGAUAGCCAGUAUGGUCAGUUCCCGGCCACGCUCCGCAUCCAGGAGUCAAAGAAAGAGAUGAUCACGGACCUGGCUGAGAUGAUGGAAGAGCGCAUCAAUGCUUUCAAGAAUCGCAGCAAGGUGUUGCCACAACGCAUCCUGGUGUAUCGCGACGGUGUUUCCGAGGGUCAAUUUGCGAUUGUCGUUGCGGAUGAAAUGCCCGAGAUCAAGAAGGCGUUCCAGAAGUUCAACACGCCGCAACAAAAGUACUCACCCAAGCUGACGAUCGUUAUUUGCGGAAAGCGUCAUCACACCCGUUUCUAUCCUACUGAGGCGCAGAAUGCAGACAACCUCGGUAAUCCCAAGGCGGGGACCGUCGUCGAUCGCGGUGUCACUGCCGUGUACGACUUUGAUUUCUUCCUUCAAGCGCACGGAGGACUGCAAGGCACUACGCGGCCGACCCACUACUACGUCGUACACGACGAAAUCGGAUUCCGGGCUGACCAGCUGCAGGGUCUGACGAACGAUGUGAGUUACAUGUUCGCGCGCGCGACAAAGGCGGUCAGCCUGGUCUCGCCGGCAUACUAUGCCGAUCUCGCAUGCGAGCGCGGACGGUGUUACCUGCAUGCGCUUCUGCAAGGCCACUCCGACAGCGGCACGACUGCUACGAGUGGCGCCGGAGGAGACGAAGUCUGGAGGGAAGCCGAGCGCAUGUGGCACGGCGGCGUCAGAGGUAAGUUACAGGAAACGAUGUUCUAUCUCUGA